AUGUCCCAGAAACGGGACUUGGCUUAUCUCCUAUUUUUCAUCACCCAUGUUCCGAUCAUUCUCCUAAUCGACACCGUCCCCCUGCUACCAACCAUCCUCCAGACAAAUCUCUCCCACAGAUUACGUGACUUCUACAUAACAACCUACCGUGAUAAAUUCUUCGAAGAUCCACCAACAUGGUUCACCGUCUUUAUCUGGAUGGAGCUGCUGUACCACCUCCCAAUCUCGAUAUGGGCGGUUCGGGGUUUGCUUAAAGAUCACCCCCUCGUCCCCGUGCACCUUCUCGUCUUCGGCAUUCAGGCCUUUAUCACCACAUUGACAUCUUUGGUCGUGGUAUGGAGUUGGACUGAUCGCUCGGUCGCUGAGAAACAACAAUUGACCAUGCUAUAUGCUCCUUAUCUGGCGUUAGGCGGGUUCAUGGCUCUAGACAUGGUAUUCCGUCUACGCGACAAGCUCAUGCCCAAAAGUAAAAGGGAGUAA